AUGGAAGAUCUAGUCAAGAAGAAACGAGUGAGAGGAGGCCACAGAUCGUCAGCUAAAAAGCUUGUGGCGAAGAUAGUUGAAAGGCUUCAAAGUGAGAGCCCAGACAAAGACAUACUAUGGUUGCGACAGAGCCAAACGAACUUGAAAGAAAAAAUCAAGACGAUAAGACAAUUCGACGAACAAAUAAUCGACAUAAUCAGCGCAUCGAAAGAGGAAGACGUCGAUGAACUUGUAACGCAAGAAAUUGAAGACUCAGACAACGCGAUAGCGGAACUGGAAAGAAUAUUACUCGAGCUCGAGGAUGAAUUAUGUAAAUUGAGACAAAGCACGCCAUUGUCAGUGUCGACAACGCAGAACGCCGCGGAUGCAAGCCUUAAUCAGAGUCAUUUGUCAACCUCCAGCGAUAUGUCAGUCGGUAAAAUCGUUCGAGCUAAGCUCCCGAAACUUGAACUCAGAAAGUUUAACGGAAAGAUUUGCGAAUGGCAGGAGUUUUGGGACAGCUUUUCAAGUUCAAUCGAUAACAAUGAGCAAUUGUCUGAUGUCGAUAAAUUUGCGUAUUUACGCGGUCUGUUGGAAGAACCAGCAAAGUCAACAAUCGCUGGGUUUUCUCUGACAGAAGCAAAUUAUAAGUCAGCAGUAGAACUCUUAAAGAAACGAUUUGAUAAAAAGAGCGCAGUUCAGCGAGCACACGUGAACGAACUGAUUCAAUUGUCGCCGGUAUUCAAGGAAAGAGACACGCGAGGACUUCGCCAUUUAUAUGAUAGCUGUGAAGCACAUAACCGCGCGUUGAAAGCACUGGGGGUGAGCGAGGAAUCUUACUCCAGUAUUGUUGUUCCAGUCAUCGUCGAGAAACUAACGGAAUCAUUUCGGUUGACGAUUACCAGACACAGAGUAGAGACAUACAGAGACGUAACUACUGUACCCACUUUUUUUGUGCGCAUGCUCGGCAAAUUACUAGAUGCAUGCAUCUGAUUGGAUAACGACCUGAUGACGGCUCACUUUAAACUUGCUGAGCACGCGCAGUUGAUCAUUUUUCGCCCGGUCGCCUGAAAAAAAAGUGGGUACAUGAUAACGUAAUCUUCCGCAGUGUUUACAACGGUCAGUUACGUCUCUGUAUGUCUUAUCUACUCUGUGUACCAGAGGAACGGAUUUUCUACAAUGGUCGAUGGAAGAAAUGCUGGAUGCAUUUGUAAAGGAAUUGGAACUGAGAGAAGCACAUAA